CAUGGGGACACUGGACACUGCUGGCACAGGAUAGACUGUGCUGCAAUGCUGGCAGCUGCUCAGGCAGCCUCCUCUACUCGUCUUCUCUGGGCUCAGCUCCUGGGGACAGCACGGCGUGCCAUGGCCACCAGCCUGCUCCGCUUUGCCCCUCCGGAGGAGCUGCUCCGGCCCCUGGCCGUGCCAGAGAGGUUGCUGCUGGGGCCAGGGCCCAGCAAUGUGCCCCGCCGCAUCCAGGCUGCGGGCGCUCGCCAGCUCCUGGGCCACAUGCACCCUGAAGUGCUGCAGGUGAUGGAUGAGAUCAAGGCAGGCAUCCAGUACGCCUUCCAGACACAGAACAGGCUGACCCUGGCCAUCAGCGGCAGCGGCCACUGUGCCAUGGAGGCCGCCCUCUUCAACCUGCUUGAGCAAGGUGACCCCGUGCUGGUGGCCAUCAACGGCAUCUGGGGACAACGUGCUGCUGAUAUUGCCAGGAGGCUGGGAGCCAACGUCUAUGAGCUGCUGAAGCCCCCGGGCAAGUACUUCACUCCACAAGACAUUGAGCAGGGCCUGGUGCAGCACAAACCUUUGGUGCUCUUCAUCACCCACGGCGAGUCCUCCACAGGGGUGCUGCAGCCCCUGGAGGGGCUGGGCGAGCUGUGCCACCGGCAUGGCUGCCUGCUGCUUGUGGACGCAGUGGCAUCGCUUGGGGGAGCCCCCAUCUUCAUGGACCAGCAGGAGAUCGAUGUCCUGUACUCGGGGUCCCAGAAAGUCCUCAACGCACCCCCUGGCAGUGCCCCCAUCUCAUUCAGUGAGCGAGCCAGGGAGAAGCUGCUGAGGAGGAAGACGAAGCCCCCAUCCUUCUAUCUGGACAUGGGCUGCUUGGCAAACUACUGGGGCUGUGACGGGGAGCCGCGGAGGUACCACCACACGGCGCCCAUCAACAGCUUCUUCAGCUUGCGGGAAGGCUUGGCCAUGCUGGCAGAACUGGGUCUGGAGAGCUCCUGGGAGCGACACCGGGCCAACUGCACCCAGCUGUGCCAGGGGCUGCUUGACAUGGGGCUUGAGCUCUUUGUGGAAGAGGAGAAGGCCAGACUGCCCACCAUCACCACUGUCAGGGUGCCUGAGGGCUACAACUGGAAGGACAUCACGGCCUUUCUGAUGGACAGCCACGGCAUGGAGAUCGCUGGGGGCCUGGGCCCCACGGUGGGCAAGGUCCUGCGCAUCGGCCUCAUGGGCUGCAACUCAACCAGUGGCAACGUGGAGCGAGUGCUUGGAGCCCUGCAAGAUGCCCUUAAGCGCUGCCACCGCAGCCGGCUGUGA